AUGGCGCUCGCCCACAUGGAUAGAGCCAGUCCUCUCAAGACUUCUGCCUUGGCCAACCGCAGUCUCAACGCAAAGGAGAUGGCCGCCAAGGAUCAAGUCCACUCGAGCGGCUCCAACAAACCUCUGGUCGAAGAAGAAGAGACUGCUUCCUGGAUCGACAAGGGUAAGCGUCAGGUCAAGGGUAAGGCUAAGGAUAAAGGCAGUGCUUCUCUUCAACAGAGCACCCUCAAGGGUUUUGAGAUGGCCGAGAAGAUCGGAAAGCUGGCCAGUGGCAAGAUGGCUAUUCCAGACUUCAGGCGAACCCAAAGCAGCGGCACCGCGAGCAAGAGUGUCCGUCGCUUGCCUAGUGGCAGUCCCAUCGCAAUCUCUUCCGGCUCAGACGAAUCGGCUGUUCCCAAGCCUUCAUACAAGAAAGCCGCCGAGCACCUUGGCUACGGCACAUCCGAUCCCGAGAAAACAGUCAAGUCCUCUCCCAAGAAGCCCAAAUCCGGUCCUUGA